UUUUGAGGUGACUUUUGUGUAGAAGAUGAAGACUAUGGGGAUGAGAAGGGUACAAGGGAAGGAUGUGGCUAAGAAAGGGAGGAAUUCGAUUUUCUCAAGCCGACCUGUACAUAAAUUUUUGAAACGAUCAAGCCAUCUUCAACAGCUACGAUUCAAGAAUACACUAGGGUCAAGAAAUCCUGAACUCAGCAUCAAAUUAAGUGAGCUUAAACCAGAGGUUCAAGGAGCUCAUGGAAGAGGUCAAGUAGCUCAAACAGAAAUCUCUUUAUGGGCUUUCUAGAAGUCGUUGGAAUUCUGGCUUAGAAAUAUUAGCUGAGUUGAUACUCCCGUUAGUAACCCAAAGAGCAGUGGGUACAUCUUUCUAAGAUCACAGAUGGCUGGUGUUAUGGGAGAACUAAUAAGUUCAUAACUAAUCGGGACUACACGUCUGAUAUUUUCCUUAAAGAUGUCUUUUUGAGGUAUCAUCCAUACGAAAUACCUUGAAUUAAGUUAGACUCCAAGAUUCCUUCUCUUGAGUCCUCUCCCAAAAUUCAGGAUAGUAGAACCCCAGAGGUUUGGGCUUUAGUCAACCCAAAUAUUUUAGCCAAUUUGCCCAGAGGAUUCAACAUAAAAAGAUGAAUUUGUUCGAACAGGAAAAAUAUCACCAACUUAUGCACUUUGCUAAAUAAAAUUUAUUGGAUUUUAUCUAUAAAUAAAUCAUUCUCAGGUCGCACGCUACUCGGGUUUUGGGCCUGAAAGAUUCCGAUAGCCUAGGCUAGAUCUAUUCGUGCACCAAAUGAUGCAACUUCUGUAAGAGCUAUGUU